AUGUCGCUCACGUGGCUCCGCCACCACGUCCGCCAUCGCGACCGCAACGCCCCUCGAUCGCAUCGCUUUAGCAACCAGCGCUUCGAAGCCGCCGCCGCCACCACAAUGCGACCUCAUCGCACUCACACAAAGGCCAAAGCCCUCGCUCCUUGUCACAUCACGUACGAUAGUUCCUUUGUCGCAGACCGCAGCGUCACGUCUCGCGACGCAAACUGGACAAGUGACGAGCAGUUGAAGCGCCAAUGCCUCCGUCUUGGCUGGCACGUCGUGGCUACCCGCAAAGACGGCAACUGCCUCUUCCGCGCCCUCAGUGACCAGCUCUACGGCCACGAGCGACGGCACUUGGAACUCCGUCGGCGGCUCGUGGACUUUAUCGACCUCGAACGCACGUGCUUUGAACCGUUUCUUGAGCGCAGUGACGACAUUGUCGCGUACUGUUCCCGACUGCGUCAAGCGGGGGCAUGGGGAGGUCACCCGGAACUCGUGGCAGCCUCGAAGCUCUUGGGGGUCACGAUUGUCGUCCACACAGGUCCCGUCAAGCGGUUGCGGGUUUGCGAUGCAAUGGAGACAGCCAAGCCAAAGGAAGGGCAGGGCAAGACCGUCAACCUCUUGCUCAUGCACGACCACUAUAGUAGUCUCCGAAAAGACGGGAAACCGAAUGGGGAAGGCCAGCAACUUGGGUGUUCGGAGACGUGUUUAUGUCGACGUCUCUUUGCACCGUCAAGUGACGUUCGAGCCUCGUUGGGGGCGUAUCAGGGACACUGGUGUUCCGAUGUGAGUAGUGCACGCAGCUCUUUGGGGGGGACUCGACCUGGAGAGGUGACAGCGGAGAAACGGGGACGAACGUUGAGGGAAUCGAAAGGGGCUUAUGGACGCAAGUCCGUGCCGGCUGCCGACUUGAGGACGGCCUUUUGUGACGAGGAUAGUCCCGUGCAUAAGAAACUGCAAACGAGUGCCGUGGUCAAGCCAAACGUGCCCCCACCUCCUCCUCCUCCGGUGGAGGUUGGGACUACAGAGGUGGCAGUUGUAACGGACGGUGCAUCAAUGCGGUCAUUGAGAUCAACUACUUCAGCUAGACCAAAGGCUCCUGCAGCACCUCCUGUGACUGGCAAACUCGAGGUUGCACGGAGUAAACCAAGCUCAACUUCAGCGGGGAACUCAAAGAACCCGGGCGUGGUGUUGUUUGAACCAGAGGCACUGGGGCCUUUGACAAAGCCGCAGGUCCCGUUAGUGGUGCUGUUUGACCCGGACCAAGCUUCAGAUCAGGGAUUGACAACGUCCAAGAAAUCAACGACGGCAGCUAAUGCUGGACCAGUGGUGAAGCCUACUUCGGUCAAGAUCGUGCAAGUGGAUGGAAGUGGACCUGAACCGAUACUGGAAAACCGCAAGAAAGCAGCACCUCAGCGAAGUGUCCACCGACCAUGUCGUGCUGUUUUUGAAGGUGGCAGACGACGUCGAUCCGGUUCGUCGGCGCGGGUAUCGAUGCAGGAGGUCUCGACCAGCUUGAGUGAUGCUGCAGUUUCUGAGGUGAAACCCGUCACGGUCAAGUUGGCAAAGACUAUGGUUACAGCUGAAGUGACGGCAGUCAAGCUGCUUGAGACGGUCCAGCCAGUAGCGAGUCCGGUGGCUGCUGAUGAGCCGCAAGCGCCGGCACCGCGUCCAAUGGAGAUCAAGAGGUCGAGCAAGAAAGUGUUUUGCCGCGGUCGCCUCGUCGCUGCGGGUUGA